CUGCUGCUGCUACCUGUCCCCUCAGGUGUGCUCGGAGCCUCAGAGCUCGCCUUCUUGACGGAGCCCAAUGAUGUCAUCGCGGUGAGGGACCGCCCCCUGAUGCUGGACUGCCAGGUGGAGGGGGAGGGGCCCAUCUCCAUCACCUGGAGACGAAAUGGUAUUCCUGUGGCGACUGGCGACAGGGCGAUGGUGCUGGGCAAUGGCACACUGCUCAUCAGAAACUUCUCCAAGAAACGAGAAAGCAAUGAGACGGACGCCGGCGAGUACGACUGUGCAGCCCAGAACCGCUAUGGGAUGCUGAUAAGCCGCAAGGCCCGUGUGCAGCUCGCAUCCCUCCCUAAGUUCCUGUCUCAUCCUGAGUCCGUGGUGGUGAAUGAAGGGGGCGUGGCCAGACUCACCUGUCAGGUAAACGGGAUCCCAGAGGCCAACAUCACCUGGCAGAGAGACCGCCGUCCACUUGGCAACACUGACCCCAGGUACACGCUGCUGCCGAAUGGCAUCCUGCAGAUCACUGGAGUCCGUCGUACCGACAGUGGUUUGUUUCGCUGCGUUGCCUCAAACAUCGCCAACACUCGCUACAGCCACGAGGCCCAGCUGUCUGUCACCGUUGCAGGUUUCAGGAUCUACCAGGAACCCGUCAUCCUGUCGGGGCCCCAGAACCUCACCAUCAACGUCCACCAGACUGCUAUCUUGGAGUGCAUCGCCACAGGCAACCCCCGGCCCAUCGUGUCCUGGAGUCGCCUUGACGGACGUUCCAUCGGCGUUGAGGGGAUCCAGGUCCUGGGAACAGGGAACCUGAUGAUCUCUGAUGCGACUCUGCAGCACUCAGGUGUUUACGUCUGUUCAGCCAAUCGGCCGGGCAGCAGGUCGAGGAGAACGGCGCUCGGACGCCUCGUGGUUCAAGCUCCUCCAGAGUUCGUUCAGUGGCCGCAGUCCGCCUCCAGACCAGCAGGAGGCAGCGCUGUCUUCAGCUGCACAGCGUCUGGUGCCCCGGAACCGCAUCUCAUCUGGCUGAAGAAUGGCAAACUGCUGACGCCUAGCGGAAACGUCAAGCUGACCAACGGCAACACGACACUCGCCAUCACCCGCAUCACUGCAGAGGAUGAGGCCAUCUAUCAGUGCAUUGCUGAGAACAGCGCCGGGACCAACCAGGCCAGCGCCCGCCUCGCCAUCAGUCAGGGCGCGGAGCUUCCCGAGGCUCCUGCCGGGCUCCAGGCCACCGCCCUCAGUGCCACCAGCCUGCAGCUGAUCUGGGAGCAGCCGACUGAACAAGCCAGCCAGCACAUCAUCGGAUACGUCCUGCACAUCAGGAAGCUGGGAGAGCCAGACAGCGCUGAGCUGCAGGAGGCCGUCAGUAAAACCACCUUCAGACACGAGUUCAACAACCUGGAAGCUGCCACCACCUACUCCAUCUACCUGAAGGCCUACUCCGCUCUGGGAGGCAGCCAGCAGUCCAACAGCAUCACGGCCACCACAAUGGGAGGCGUUCCCAGUCCUCCCAGUUUCUUCACCAAGGUCCUGAACCAGACGGCCAUGCAAGUGUACUGGGAGCUGCCCAGCAAGCCUGGCAAACUGGAGGGUUUCAGACUGGAGUACCGAGGGGUCUCCAACCCUGAUGUCCACAGGCUGGACACCUUCCCAGGACACAUCAACACACACACCAUCUCACACCUGGAACCGGCGGCUGUUUACGAGAUCCAGCUGGUGGCAUUUAAUGGGAACGGAGACAGUCCAUCCACUCGCCGCCUGGUGUCUCUGGCAGAAGUUGGAAACUCUGCAACAGCUGGUCAGAGCUGUAACUGCGCCCAGUCUGAUGGAUCCAUGUCGACUCUGCUGGUCGGGAUCCACAGCGGCAUUGCUUGCAUCCUCUGCUGCCUGUUGCUGCUGUUGCUGGGAUACCGACGCAGUCUUUUCUGCAGGAAAGCAGCUAGCUGGGAGACUCCGCCCACCCUGAGCGGUGUCAGAGGUCCUAAACCUGAGAGCAUCGAGCUCAGCCAGAGAGCUGACUGUGCUCCUCCUCCAGUGAUGGUCAUGGUAGAACCGACUCCACCUGUCCAGUCCGGCUCAGGCACCGGAUAA